AUGUUUAAGAAGCACAAGAAUCAGGACUUGGAUAUGUCCUUUCUUUGGAAAAAGAAUCCGAAGACACCAUCAGAUUAUGUCCGAUAUUCUUUGGAGCAGUUUGGGAAGAUGACUACUGCUUCGACUAGUGACACGAGACGAAAACAUCAAGAAGAAUUGUUUAAAUACUUAGUAGGAACUAGAGAAUUGUUAUUAGGUGAUUCCGAACCUAAGCCAACGAAUCAGAUGAAAUAUGAAGUUCAUGUAGCAAUGAAUAAACAUGAAUUUUUUUUAUGA